AGUGCUGCCGCCGGAGCCGCGCAGCGCCAGCGCGGCCGUGCUCGGGGAGCGGCCCCGGGACCCCCGAAACCCCCGGGAGCCCGGCCCAGCCUGGCCGGCGGCUCCUCUUCCCCGCUGACGUCUGGCAGCGGAGCCACCCAAGCCGCGCCGGGUCGGUGGCGGCCAGCGCCGUGUCCCCGCGCUGGCGGUGGCCGGCGAUGACCGACGCGGUGCUGGGCGGCUCCUCGGACCGGUGGAUGUGCCCCAGUGACAGGACCAUGUCCCUGCGAGCCAGCAGUGAGAAGGAGCAGCUCCCGGCGGGCUGGGCGGCGCAGCCCGAGCGGCAGCGCAAGGGCGAGGAGCUGACGGACGAGGAGAAGGAAAUCAUCAACAGGGUGAUCGCCCGCGCCGAGAAGAUGGAGGAGAUGGAGCAGGAGCGCAUCGGGCGCCUGAUGACCCGGCUGGAGGACAUGCGCCGCAGCGUGCUGGGGGACGGCGUCAACCGCUGCAUCCUCUGCGGGGAGCAGCUGGGGACGAGGGGCUCGGCCUGCGUGGUUUGCGAGGACUGCAAGAAGAACGUGUGCACCAAGUGCGGGGUGCACACCAACAACCGGCCCCAGGCCAUGCUGUGCAAGAUCUGCAGCGAGCAGCGGGAGGUGUGGAAACGCUCCGGAGCCUGGUUCUUCAAGGGUUUGCCCAAGCAGAUGCUGCCGCAGCCGAUGCCCGUCAGCAAGAAGGGACCCCAAACCCCGAGCGAACCCCGCCCGGCCGAGCCGCCCGCCCCGGACCCCAAAAUCCCCUCCCGGGCACCCAGCCGAGGCCAGGCGGAUGCCGAGGACACCGAGGGCAUCGACGCCGCGGCGGCCGCCCGGGGGAGCCGCAAAGCGGGAGGCCGGGCGGGUCCGUGCGGCCGCGAGGACAAAAACCGCUGGGGACAGCGACGGCCGGACUACGCUGCCGACGGCGGGGUCAGCAGGAGCCCCGGUGAGAGCGAGAACCAACUCGUGCAGGGCCAGCGGCCUCCCCCGGCAGCCGGCGCCGCUCCGGCCGCAUCCGCCGCCGGAUCCGCCCCGGCAGCAGCGCCCCAGCAGCAGCGAGGCCGAGCCCCGCGGGUCCCCCCGCUUCGCGGAGAGACAAGCGAGCCCCCCGGAGCCGGCCCGCCCCGCCGCAGGGACGAGAGGGGAGGAGGGGGCUUUGCGGCGGCCCCCGGCAGGGAGGACAGGCCGGCCUGGCAGCCCCCUGCUGCGCAGCCCCCGCCCGCAUCCGCGGCCCCGCAGCGGCAGCAGCCCCGCGAGAAGAGGGAGGAGGAGGCCAACAGCGACGACUCGGAUGAGGGCACCACGCUGGGGGCUCUGGAGUUCAGCCUGCUCUACGACCAGGACAACAGCUCCCUGCACUGCACCCUCAUCAAGGCCAAGGGCUUAAAACCGAUGGAUUCCAACGGCCUGGCCUGAUCCUAUGUGAAGCUGCACCUCCUGCCCGGGGCCAGCAAGUCGAAUAAGCUGAGGACGAAGACGCUGCGCAACACCCGGAACCCCGUGUGGAACGAGACCCUGGUGUACCACGGCAUCACCGACGAGGACAUGCAGAGGAAAACGCUCAGGAUCUCCGUGUGUGACGAGGACAAAUUCGGCCACAACGAGUUUAUCGGAGAAACCAGAGUUGCCUUGAAAAAACUCAAAGCCAACCAGAAAAAAGACUUCAACAUCUGCCUGGAGAGAGUAAUUACCAGUGAGUGCCCGUGGAGAAUUCCUUCCGUUCCCACGAAGCGCGCCGGAACAACCGGCGCAUCCCGCGGGAUGGCUCUGUACGAGGAGGAGGUGGAUCGCGGCGGGGACGUGGAGGAGCGCGGGAAGAUCCUGGUGUCCCUGAUGUACAGCACCCAGCAGGGGGGGCUCGUCGUGGGCAUCGUGCGCUGCGUGCACCUGGCGGCCAUGGAUGCCAACGGAUACUCGGAUCCCUUCGUCAAGCUUUGGCUGAAACCUGACAUGGGAAAAAAGGCCAAGCACAAGACGCAGAUCAAGAAGAAAACGUUGAAUCCCGAGUUUAACGAGGAGUUCUUCUAUGACAUCAAACACAGCGACCUGGCCAAGAAAUCCCUGGAUUCCGUCUGGGACUACGACAUCGGAAAAUCCAACGACUACAUCGGCGGCUGCCAGCUGGGAAUCACGGCCAAGGGCGAGCGCUUGAAACACUGGUACGAGUGUCUGAAGAACAAGGACAAGAAGAUCGAGCGCUGGCACACCCUGCAGAACGAGAACCACGUCGCCAGUGAUUAAAGGGAGCCUCUGCCCGGCCCCUCCCCGCCCUCUGCCACGCUCCUGUAGGUCCCCGAUGUCCCUGGUGUCCCGUCUUCCAGCGCAGCCACGCCUUGCUACAGCCUCCCAUCCCAGGGCCCUCCGCCUCCCCCGAGCCCCCCUGCACUGAAAACUCCCCCAGAUCUUUUCUACUCCUCCCUUAUUUAUUUUCGGCUGGGGGAGGGACGCCCUCGAGCUCCCCUGCUGUGUAAUUUUGGCAAGCAAUAGUUCCCCUCCUGACUGUUCCCCCCCCUCUCUCUCUCUCUCUCUCCCUCUCUCUCCCCGGUCCCCGUGGCAGCGUUCCCGUCGCGUUUCCGACGCUCCGUCCGCUGUCCCUCCAGCCUCCGCUCGCGGCGCUGGGCUGGGGGGGGGCCUCAGCCUGUCCCGCUUGUGCGACCAUCGGUACCUCAGUUGCAAUAACGAAAAAGCUCCUCGCGCUUUGGUGUGGGUGGUCCACCGUCGCCUGGUGUCCGUGUCGUCGUGGUUUAGGCCAAGUCCGGUUGUCACCGGCCUCACCCCGCGAGUCCCGCUUGAGCUUCACCUCCGGUCUGGCCCCGCCCCGAGCAAUGCCGUGGCACAUCCUUUGCUGAGAAGAUCCACCGCCAACGCAGUAACAGCGGCAGGGAGGGGGUUUUGUUGGGGAGCUCUGUGCUGGCAGGGAAGCGGGUUUGGGGGGCGGCGGCUUCCUUCGCCCGAGGAAUCCGGGGGCUCCGCUGCCAGUAGGAGCCCGGCUGUGUUUUAGGGUUGUGACUACCUCCUGGUUCACCUCUGAGCUGCGUAGUAGGUCCCUGAGCCCCCUCAAACCCCUCCUGCUUCCAAGGAUUACUGUUCCUCAGGAGGGGAGCUGAGGGAGCUGCUACACAUCCCCCCCCAAGCCCCUGAUGUGUGCGGGGAUAAAUCGCUUUAAAAUUAAACCACCCCCAACUCCUGGAAUUUAGCUGGGGACAAGUCAGAGAUCUUUCAAACUUGGGUUGUUUUGGUCUUCUUUCGUUUUUUUCCCCGAUUUUCUGCACAAGAAAAUCCUCAGCCUGCGGUUGAAGGAUGGCCUGGAGCUGUCGGAUCUGCCCCGGACAGCAGGAGAGCACGGACUCUCUGCUGCUGGGAGGUGGAACCGUUCCCCAGAUCUAGAAUGGGUCCCCAGAUCUAGAACUGUUCUGAGCACCUAGAACCGUUCUGAGCACCUAGAACUGUUCUCCACACCUAGAACCGUUCUCCAUACCUAGACCCGUUCCCCUGAUCUGGAACCGUCCCCCGGUUGUUCCCUGGCUCUGGAAAACCCCAAUCACAGCCGUGUAUGGCUAGGAGCGCACUGAGCACUAUGGAAUAUACGGAAUUUUUUUGUCACACUGCGAGUGUUGUGCGUGAAUCCUCCCCCACCCCAGGCCCACCCGUCCUCCCCCCGCACCCUCCGCUGCAGCCGCUCGCUCCUCGAGUUGGGCGAGUUUUGUUUUUUCCCCUGAUAUUUUGUUUCCUCCCGCCCCCAGCGGGAUUUUCCCCCGGUGGGAAAAUCCAACCCAACCCAUUCCCAGAGCCUCUUCCAUCCCCCCCCCAGGCUCCAUUCGAGGAUUUUGUCUUGGUGAGCGGAGGGGUGGAAUGGAAGAGGACACCUGGAAAAUUUCCCCCUUUUCUCAUGGAAUUCUUGCCUCUGUGACAUCCCUGAGCCACCCUGGCCGGGACCCAGGCUGAAACAAUCCCGUUCUUUUGGACUGUUUCCUCUGCAGCCCGUGCUGAGGGAUGGUUUUUGAUCCAGGAUCGAUGGUUGGACUCUCCCUUUUCCAACCUUAAUGGCUCUAAGCUGCCUCCAUCCUUUCCAGAGGGAUGGACCCGGCCCAAACAUUCCCAAACAUCCACAGCAGCACUCGGGCACGGAGCUGUGCUGGGAAAAACAAACAAACAAAAA